UCUCGCAGGGUCACUGGCGGGGGGCUGUUUGAGGACAUUGUGGCCAGGGAAUACUACAGCGAAGCAGAUGCCAGCCACUGCAUCCAGCAGAUCCUGGAGGCUGUCCUGCACUGCCACCAGAUGGGGGUGGUCCACCGGGAUCUGAAGCCCGAGAACCUGCUGCUGGCAUCCAAGCUGAAGGGUGCUGCUGUCAAGCUGGCUGACUUUGGCCUCGCCAUCGAGGUAGAAGGGGACCAGCAAGCGUGGUUUGGUUUCGCUGGCACCCCGGGAUACCUCUCCCCUGAGGUGCUCCGGAAGGAUCCCUAUGGCAAAGCCGUGGACCUGUGGGCUUGCGGCGUCAUCCUCUACAUCCUGCUGGUUGGGUACCCGCCCUUUUGGGAUGAAGACCAGCACCGACUCUACCAGCAGAUCAAGGCUGGGGCUUAUGAUUUCCCGUCCCCUGAGUGGGACACGGUCACUCCCGAAGCGAAAGAUCUCAUCAACAAGAUGUUGACCAUAAACCCGUCCAAGCGCAUCACAGCAGCAGAGGCUCUGAAGCACCCCUGGAUAUCGCACCGUGCCACCGUGGCAUCAUGCAUGCACAGGCAGGAGACGGUGGAUUGUCUGAAGAAGUUCAAUGCCCGGAGGAAGCUGAAGGGAGCCAUCCUCACCACCAUGCUGGCCACCAGGAACUUCUCCG